GCGAGCAACACAUAUAUAGCCUGUGUCAAUUUGGUAACUGAAUACACGUAGGUUCAAGCACGCGCUUCAGUUCGCGUUUUCAGGACUGCCCUCUUACCCUCCACACCCCCUCAGUGUGCGCGCACGGCGGGAGGCUGGAUUAUCACCGGGAUGGUUUGUGAGCGCGGAGAAGCGGAAACGCGCCGGCAGCAGCGGGGCGCGAGCCUCCGGUGAGCCUCCGGUGAGACAGAGUUCCCACCGAGUGUUCACGAGGCUUCCUCCUCCGCACGAGCUGCCGCUGAAAACAGCUGGAUGUCGUUCUGCGGACACACGGAGAUGCGCUGAGCGCCGAACAGCUCGUCUGACAGGCUAUUAACGCCUCUUCAUCAUGCUGCCCUGGGCCUGUCCCUUGCUCUUCCUGGUCCUUCUUCCUGCCCAAUCAGCUGCAACCUCUCUAACUGCUGACAACAGAACGGAGGACCUUCAGGAGGUCACCCUGGCAGCCAUCUUGCCUCUGACUAACACUAACUAUGCAUGGGCAUGGCCUCGGGUUGCGCCCGCCAUCUACCAGGCAUUACAGCAGGUGAACUCUGACCCCUGGUUGCUACCAGGUCUGAAGCUGCGGCUAGUUUAUGGCAGCUCAGAGAGCCGCGACGGCUUUUGCUCAGACUCCAUAGCGCCGCUUGUAGCCGUCGACCUCAAGCUGUCCCACGACCCCUGGGCCUUCAUUGGACCCGGCUGCGACUACUCAUCCUCACCUGUUGCCCGCUUUACCACCCACUGGGAUGUUCCCAUGGUGACAGCUGGUGCCCGAGCAAUCGGCUUCAAUUUGUACGCUGCGGUCACCAACACGGGCCCCACUCACAAAAAGCUGGGUGAGUUUGGUGUCAGGAUCCAGGAGAUGUUUGGCUGGCAGCGGCACGCCACGGUCAUCUUCAGUGACAACAGGGACGCCAAUGAUGAUCCGCUGUGCUACUUCGCUGUGGAGGGGCUGUAUGAGCUGCUGGGCAAACGUAACAUCACUGUCCACGACCACGUCAUCCAGGGCGACGUCAACUACAAGUCGAUGGUCCAGGAUAUCCGUGACAAUGGCCGAGUUGUGUACAUGUGCUGCUCCUGGGACAUCUUCAGGACGUUGAUGGUCCAAUUCUGGAAGGAAGGGGUGGAGCUGGAGGACUAUGUCUUCUUCUUCAUUGAUCUUUUUGCUGAGGGUCUGGACGGGAGCGCUCCCAUCAGGCCCUGGUUCAGAGGAGACCAGGAGGACUAUGCGGCUCGCAAUGCUUUCAGGAGUGUGAAAGUGCUGACGUAUCUGCAGCCCCAGAAUCCCGAAUAUCUUCAGUUUGUUAAAACUCUGAAAAAAGACGCAAAGGCGAUGUUCAACUUCACCAUCAGAGACUCUAUGUACAACCUGAUUGCCGGAGGGUUCUACGACGGGGUGAUACUGUACGCUCAUGCUCUGAACGAGACCCUGAAUUUGCAAGGACCAGGACUGGGACCAAUACUGGGACCAGUCCAGAGGCCCAGAGGAGAUGAGGUGACCCGGAGGAUGUGGAACAGGACAAUCAAAGGCGUGAUGGGCCCUGUGGAGAUGGACGAGUUCGGGGACAGAGAGAUGGACUUCGCUGUGUGGGACAUGACCGAUGUUGAGUCUGGAGAAUUCCAGGUGGUGUGCGUGUAUAACAGCAGCAUAAAGCAGCUCAUCCUGCAAAAUGGUCUAAACUUCCACUGGCCCAAAGGUUCUCCGCCACCAGACAUCCCCAAGUGUGGCUUCAAGAACAACAACCCAGCAUGUCUCACAAGUACAGUUGCUAUGCAUCAGAUGGUUGCAAUGGUGAUCUGCUUUGUCUUUGUCAUCAUCGUUACUGUCACCAUCUUCAUCUACAGGAAGCUGAAGCUGGAGAGCGAGCUUGCAGCUCAGCUGUGGAGAGUUUCCUGGGAUGACGUCCAGAUGAGCAACCUGGAUAAAGUCCUGAGGAGAGCGUGCAGCAGGCUCACCAUGUCUCUGAAAGGAUCCAACUAUGGUUCUCUGAUGACCAUGGAGGGAAACUUUCAGAUCUACACUAAAACCGGAUACUACAAGGGAAACUUGGCAGCUAUCAAAUACAUCAACAAGAAACGCAUCGAACUGACCCGGAAGGUUCUGUUUGAACUGAAGCAUAUGCGAGAUGUCCAAAAUGAACACCUGACCCGCUUCAUUGGCGCCUGUAUUGACCCGCCGAACAUGUGCAUCAUCACAGAGUACUGUCCAAGAGGCAGCCUUCAGGACCUGAUGGAGAGUGACAGCAUCACACUGGACUGGAUGUUCAGAUACUCUCUCAUUAAUGACAUUGUCAAGGGAAUGGCAUUUCUCCACAACAGCGUCAUCAUCUCCCAUGGUAACCUUAAAUCGUCCAACUGUGUGGUGGACAGCCGCUUUGUCCUGAAAAUCACUGACUAUGGCCUGCAGAGUCUUAGGACCAGAAACUGCCCCGAGGACACACAUGCUUACUAUGCACGGAAGCUGUGGACAGCUCCAGAGCUGGUGAGGAUAGAUUGUCCUCCGAACUGUGGGACACAAAAGGGGGAUGUGUACAGUUUUGGAGUGAUCCUGCAGGAAGUGGCUCUGCUCAGAGGAGUUUUCUACCUCGACUCACACUCUCUCUCCCCUAAAGAGAUUGUGCAGGCAGUGAUUCAUGGUGGCACCCCACCCCUCCGCCCCUCCCUCUGCUUCCACAGUCACAGUGAGGAGCUCGGUGUCCUGAUGCAGCGCUGCUGGAGUGAAGAGCCAAGCGAGCGUCCCGACUUCAACACCAUCAAGAUCCUGCUCAGGAAGCAGCACAGAGGAUAUGGCUCUAACAUCCUGGACAAUCUGCUCUCCCGGAUGGAGCAGUAUGCUAAUAACCUGGAGGAGCUGGUGGAGGAGCGAACGCAGGCCUAUCAUGAGGAAAAGAGGAAGGCGGAGGCCCUGCUGUACCAGAUACUCCCACAUUCUGUAGCAGAGCAGUUAAAACGAGGAGAGACAGUUCAGGCUGAAGCGUUUGACUCUGUCACCAUCUACUUCAGCGACAUCGUUGGCUUCACCACUCUGUCUGCAGAGAGCACGCCACUGCAGGUUGUGACGUUAUUAAACGACUUGUACACCUGUUUUGAUGCCAUUAUAGACAACUUUGAUGUAUACAAGGUAGAAACAAUCGGUGAUGCCUACAUGGUGGUCUCAGGACUACCUGCCAGGAACGGUAAACUUCACGGUCGAGAGGUCGCCCGCAUGUCCCUCGCCCUGCUGGAAGCUGUCAAGAGCUUCCAGAUCCGACACCGACCCAAUCAGCAGCUACGGCUCCGCAUUGGCAUCCAUAGCGGUCCGGUAUGUGCUGGCGUGGUUGGGUUGAAGAUGCCGAGGUACUGUCUGUUCGGAGACACGGUCAAUACAGCGUCACGCAUGGAGUCAACUGGGGAGGCUCUGAAGAUUCACGUGUCGGAGGCGACUCGUCAGGUUCUGCAGGAGUUCAGCUGUUUCCAGCUGCAGCUCAGAGGAGAGAUUGAAGUGAAAGGGAAAGGACGCAUGAGGACGUACUGGUUGGUGGGAGAGAACGCCACUAACUAAAAGAUCAGGAGGACAUCAAGAACCCGCCUCCUCAUCUUCCCAUCUAAUUGGACAGAACAUUGUUUAAGAUGACAGAUAAAAGACUAAGUGAACUUUCACCAAAGACUGUAGAGAAAAACAAAGAUAGGCAAAUGUUUUACUGUAAGAUAAAUUAAUCACGAGGAAGAAAAUGUGUAAAUACAACAAUAAACUGUGUUUGCUACCUGUGUGCCUUUAUUGUCAAUAAAUCCAUUGUCAUAUUUGCCACAUCAGGUGAUUUUUUUUUGCAUGUUUUAAGUUCAUAGAAUAGUCUUUUAUUGUCAUUGCACAUGUACAAUGAAAUUAUGGGUUCUCCACACCAACUGUGCCAGAUUAAGUAUAAAUAGUAGACAGCAGGAAUAAAUAACAAACAGGAGAAAUAUAUAUUAUCGAGAGGGAUAUAUACAAAACAAAACAAAGGCACACAUUAGAGGAUCGAGUGCUUGGACAGAGUGCAAAGGACUUGGUCUGAGAAUAGAGUCCAUGUGUGAGUGGCCUGAAUGAUGAGGGUUACUCAGGUUGCAAAAUCCCUAAAAAUGUGUGAUUUAUUUCAGUUUUUCAGGAUUUAAUUGUACCGUGUCAAAACUUUAUGUUCACUGUGAUUUCAGCACAAAAAUAUUUCUCAGUACUACAGCUUCUAGGUUUGCUGCCAUUGCCAGUGGUUAUGAAUGGUCACUCGUGUGAAAUAUAACAAGCCAUAAGGGUGAAUUGUAACUUUAAGCUGCUGUUGUGAAAGAUGGUGUUUUGCUCGAUACUUGGUAGAAGGACUGGUUUAUAAUAUAGCCCUUUUCUACUCAAAUUGAGCACUCAAAGUUCUUUAUACUACAUCUCACACACAUACAUGCAAGCACUUUUUUUCUUUCUGUAUUUACAGAAUUCAUGAUUUUAUCAAUUACAGCAUGUAGUCCACAUCCUGAAGCAGCAAAGCAGUCCCAGACCAUCACACCACCAUAUGUUAAAGUUACUAUGAUGCUAGUUUGAUGUCAGAUGUGACAGAUUGUUGAAUCAUGAACUCUGACCUUAACAAGACAACUGAAGACUGCAGUUCUUUAGGUGUUGUUAGGGGUUCUUCUGUGACCUCUUGGAUGAGUUGUCAAUCCACUCUUGGAGUAAAUUUGGUAAGCCAGGCACUCCUGUGAAGGUUUCCACUGUUCCAAGCUGGAUAAUGGCUCUCACCGUUUUUCACUCGAGUUAUAAAGCCUUAGAUAUGGCUCUGUAAACCUUUCCAGAUUCAUAGAUGUCAGUGACUUUGUUUCUCAGCUGUUUGUGGCAUGUGCCUGAUUGUGGCAUGAUGACUUGUUUUUUGAGAUCUUUUAGCCUUUCACUUUGUCAGACAGUGAAAUAUU